AUGUCUUCGACGCCUCCGUCUCGUGGCCGAGAUGACUCUGCCCCAGGUCCCCUUUCCCCGCCUCUAUCUAGACUCGACACUUCCUCCCCUCGUCCCAAACCACGACCCAAGCUCGUCUCUUUUGCCCGCGAAUCUCCCCUGGGCGGCCGCCCCGACACCGACGGAGACGCUGAGAUUGAAUUCAUCCACCAACAAGACCAUCCGCCCCGCAUGUCUUCAGAAGUCGACCCGCUCCUUAAGGAGGCCAUGUCGCCCAACAGCGAAGACGACAGCUGGUUGGAAACUUCAAACGGCUCGCCCUAUCUUCUGUCGUUGGGUCUGAGCAAGUCAAUGCUUGCCCUUGUCUGGAUCGCCGGUCCUCUCUCGGGUGUACUCGUCCAGCCCUACGUCGGUCUCAAGAGCGACAAUUGCCGUCUGCGAUGGGGAAAGCGGAGACCCUUCAUUGUCGGCGGCGCCGCCGCGACCAUCUUGUCUCUCAUGGUCCUCGCUUGGGCCAAAGAGAUCAUGGGCGGUUUCUUGGGCAUCUUUGGCGCAGACCCAGAAUCCACCUUUGUCAAGACAAGUAUCAUGCUUUUCGCUGUCCUCUUCGUGUAUGUGCUGGAUUUUGCCAUCAACGUCAUCCAAGCUGGUGUGCGCGCAUACAUUGUCGAUGUUGCGCCCACGCACCAGCAAGAAUCUGCCAACGCAUGGUUGAUGAGGUCGGCGGGUAUUGGCAACAUCUUGGGCUAUCUCGCUGGCUACAUCAACUUGCCAGACUAUCUCCCAUGGCUCGGCAACACCCAGUUCAAGGUCCUUUGCGCCAUUGCGUCCUUUGUCAUGGCUCUCACUGUCGGCGUCAGUUGCUCCGCAUGCGCCGAACGUGACCCACAGUUCGAUACCGCUCCCGCCAACCAACAAGAUGGUGUCGUUGCUUUUUUCAAGGGCCUUGCACGCUCAGUCAGGAAACUGCCUCCUCAGAUCAAGAAGGUCUGCAUGGUGCAGUUCUUCGCUUGGAUCGGAUGGUUUCCUUUUCUCUUCUACAUCACCACCUACGUUGGCGAGAUCUACGCCGACCCAUUUUUCGAGGAGGACCCACAUCUCCCAGAUCGCCAGAUCGACAGUAUCCUUGAAGACGGAACCAGAAUUGGCACAAGAGCUUUGUUGAUUUUCGCCAUCACUACAUUCAUCUCCUCUGUUAUUUUGCCAUUUGUCAUUCCGCCAACAUUCCAAGCCCCAGAGCCCGAGCGCCCCGUUACUCCCGCGACCCCCAUGACGCCAUCCACCCCGCAUUCCAUGAACGGCUCUAGCUACUUUGCACUUAACCACCAGCCCAAAGGAUCUUCGAAGUCUUUUGCGGACAAACUCUCCAAUUCAAUGGAUGUGCUGCAGAUCAAAUCGCUGACCCUUCGUCGCGCAUGGCUCAUAUCGCACAUUCUGUUCGCCGUGCUAAUGGCCCUGACCUUUUUUGUUCGCAGUACCUGGGGUGCUACAGUUCUUGUCGGCGCUAUUGGCAUUCCUUGGUGCAUCACAAACUGGGCGCCGUUUGCCAUCAUCUCUUCCGAAAUCUCAAAGCGAGACGCCAUUCGCCGUGGCAUCAUCAAGCCUCGUGACCGUGAAGCCCAACUUAUUGCAGAGGGCGAAGAUGAAGGUUCAGGUGCGGAUUCGGCUGGUGUUGUGCUUGGAAUCCACAAUGUCGCAAUCGCAGCACCGCAAGUUAUUGCCACAUUGAUCAGCGCUGUCUUGUUCAGAAUCCUACAGAAGCCCAGAGGCACAGCUGGUGACACCAGUGUAGCCUGGGUGCUGCGCUUUGGGGGCAUCUGCGCUCUAGCCGCUGCGUGGCUGACGCUCCAAGUCAAUGAAGAGAAAGAAGACGUUGAAACCGAAGAACCUUUCAGGAGGAGGCGGAUGUCCUAG